AUGCCUACCUCACCUGACGGCCGCAUUCCCGGGGAGCCGGCACCGGGCCCGGCGGCGCGCCCGGGGCGCACGGGCGGUAAGAUUUCUGCACCUGGCGAAAGAUGCAAGGGCGCCUUGCCCAGGGCCGAGCCCGAGCCUGAACAGACGCCCGGGGAGGCUAGCCUCGGCGCGGCACCCCACCGCAACCCCUCGGGAUCCUCCACGACUCGCAGCCCAGGCCACGCGGUGCAAGAGUGGAAAAUUCCAGCUUUAAAUAAAAUGGACUCUGUGUUCCUGAUUUGGUUGGAUAAUGGGAAUUAUUUUGCAAGAAUUCGCUGGAACCCCCCACCCCUCCACAUCUUCUUUGGAGUUUUGAGUUUGACCAAAUUCAGUGCAGAUCUCCAUCUUCAAAUUAUUGGCAAUCCUACCUCAAAGGAAUUCGGAAAGUUUAACAGCACCCGUUCGCCCUCCCCCACUGAAUGUUGCCACAUGGCCCCAUGGAGUAGAAAGUCCCACUCUCCAGAGGAUGAAGACACAGAUGUCAUGUUAGGGCAGAGGCCGAAAAAUCCGAUACACAAUGUCCCCUCUACACUGGAUAAGCAGACCAACUGGAGCAAAGCACUACCUCUCCCGACUCCCGAGGAGAAGAUGAAACAAGAUGCCCAAGUGAUCUCUUCUUGCAUUAUUCCCAUCAAUGUCACUGGAGUUGGUUUUGACAGAGAAGCAAGUAUCCGCUGUUCUCUUGUUCAUUCACAAUCUGUACUACAGCGGAGACGAAAAUUGAGGAGACGGAAAACAAUCUCGGGGAUUCCCAGAAGAGUUCAACAAGAAAUAGAUUCUGAUGAAUCUCCAGUGGCCAGGGAAAGGAAUGUGAUUGUGCACACAAACCCAGACCCCUCCAACACUGUCAAUAGGAGGUCCGGAACCAGGGACUCUGAAUGCCAAACUGAGGAUAUUCUGAUUGCUGCCCCAUCCAGAAGAAGAAUCAGAGCUCAAAGGGGUCAAAGCAUUGCGGCAUCCCUUUCUCAUUCUGCUGGCAACAUCUCCGCGCUGUCAGACAAAGGUGAUACCUUGUUUACUCCUGUAGUGAGCAGCCGCACAAGAUCUCGGAGCCUUCCUCGGGAGGGAAAUAGAGGUGGAGAUGCUGAACCCAAAGUUGGUGCUAAACCCUCAGCAUAUGAAGAAGGAGAGCCUUUCGUGGGUGACCAUGAAAGAACCCCUAAUGAUUGUAGUGAAGCUCCAAGCAGCCCAAGCGCACAGGAACACCAGCCUGCUUUGGGCCUGGCCUGUUCUCAACACCUUCACAGCCCCCAGCACAAGUUAAGUGAGAGAGGGAGGUCACGUCUGUCCCGAAUGGCUGCUGACUCUGGAAGCUGUGACAUCUCCUCCAACUCAGACACCUUUGGAAGCCCCAUCCAUUGCAUUUCCACAGCUAGUGUCCUCCUGAGCAGCCACAUGGACCAGAAAGAUGACCACCAGUCAUCCAGUGGGAAUUGGAGUGGGAGCAGCUCCACAUGCCCUUCACAGACCUCAGAGACAAUCCCUCCUGCAGCUUCUCCUCCCCUCACUGGCUCGUCUCACUGUGACUCGGAGUUGUCACUGAACACUGCUCAUAAUGCUAAUGAAGACACCAGCGUCUUUGUGACAGAACAGUACAAUGACCACUUGGAUAAAGUAAGAGGCCACCGGACGAACUCCUUUACCUCCACUGUUGCAGACCUGCUGGAUGACCCCAAUAACAGCAAUACAAGUGACAGUGAGUGGAAUUAUCUGCACCACCAUCAUGAUGCAUCCUGCCGCCAAGAUUUUAGUCCUGAGCGUCCAAAGGCAGAUAGCCUGGGCUGCCCAAGCUUCACAAGCAUGGGCACCUAUGACAGCUUUCUGGAGAAGUCUCCUUCAGACAAAGCAGAUACUAGCUCCCAUUUCUCAGUGGACACAGAAGGAUACUAUACCUCGAUGCACUUUGAUUGUGGUCUCAAGGGUAAUAAGAACUAUGUCUGUCACUAUGCAGGCCUGGGCCCAGAGAAUGGUCAAAGUGUAGGGGUUCCUCCUGGUCUUCCGGACUGUGCCUGGCAAGAAUACUUAGACCACAGGAGGCAAGGGAGACCAAGCAUCUCUUUCAGGAAACCAAAGGCAAAGCCAACUCCACCUAAACGGAGCUCAUCACUGAGAAAAUCUGAUGGAAAUGCAGAAAUUUCUGAGAAGAAAGAACCAAAGAUAAGCAGUGGUCAGCAUCUGCCCCACAGUUCCAGGGAAAUGAAGCUGCCUCUUGAUUUCUCCAACAUGCCUUCUCGAGUGGAAAAUGCCAAUCUGCCUGCAAAGCAGGACUCUUCUUGGAUAAACCAGAAUGAACAUUCUGUUAAAGAACCUCAGAUGGAUGACACUACAGACAUUUCACCAUUCAAAGAUGAAGGUGCUGAAUCAACUCACUAUGCAGACCUCUGGCUUCUAAAUGACUUGAAAACAAAUGAUCCUUACAGAUCCUUAUCCAAUUCAAGCACUGCUACGGGUACCACAGUGAUUGAAUGCAUCAAAUCUCCAGAGAGUUCUGAAUCCCAAACAUCCCAGUCAGAAUCAAGGGCAACCACUCCAUCUCUUCCUUUGGUUGAUAAUGAAUUUAAACUGGCUUCACCAGAAAAGCUGGCUGGCUUAGCAUCUCCAUCAAGUGGCUACUCAAGCCAGUCAGAAACACCAACCUCCUCUUUCCCUACAGCUUUCUUUUCAGGUCCGUUAUCUCCUGGGGGUAGCAAAAGAAAACCUAAAGUCCCAGAAAGGAAAUCCUCACUACAGCAACCAUCUUUAAAAGAUGGAGCCCUAUCAUUGAGUAAAGAUUUUGAACUUCCAAUUAUACCUCCUACUCAUCUUGACCUAAGUGCUCUUCAUAAUGUUUUGAAUAAACCAUUCCACCACCGUCACCCACUGCAUGUUCUUACUCAUAAGCAAAACACAGUAGGAGAUAUGCUGAGGUCGAAUCCUCCACCGUCUCUUGCAAUUACACCAACAGUCCUGAAAUCUGUCAACCUGAGGUCUAUCAGUAAGUCUGAAGAAGUUAAGCAAAAGGAGGGCAAUAAUACAGAUCUCCCCUACCCAGAAGAGAGUGCAGUUCCUGUGGCUUCAGUGGCUUCCUUAUCUCCAGGCAAGAUAAGGCCACACACAGCAAAGAAAUCAAUAUCACGCCAGUACUCUGCUGAAGACACCCUCCUGCCCUUUUUAGAUUCCUCUGCAGUUGAGAUGGGACCAGAGAAACAUUUGGAGAAGAACCUUACUUCUGGUGGGAAGAGUCACUGUGAUCCAGAAACUGUAACCUCAGCUAAUAGCAAUCUUCCUGAAUCAAAUGUGAUGAAAGACCAAAUUCAGACAGGAAGUGAGCUAAGCUCAGAAAACAUACCAAGUAAGAACUGUGGAUUUUCAACAGGAUUUCAGAGGGUCUCAGCUGCCCACCCCAAUGAUUUGGGUAGUAAAAUGAUACAGUAUGGAGCUAGUCCGGAUGGAGCCCUCCAACAAGGACAAAAGAUGCCCUCUGAAGUUGGGGAAGAAGGCGCAAAACCGAAAUUUGUGGAUGGAAUCACACUUCAAGCCAACUCGCCGAGUAGAGCAACAGACAUAAAUGGUCAACAUAAGCAUCAGCGUGUCGUGAGCCGCCACCAUGACAAAGUGCCUGUGACUAUCCACCAGGAGUCAGGGACGUCAACUGUAAAUUCAUUCCCCGAAAAAUGUUCUGAGCAGGAAAACAUUGCUUCAGGUAUUUCACCCCAAAGUGCCUCUGAUAACAGCAGAGCAGAGGAGACCCAAGGAUGGAUGGAUGAGACUUCAUUGAAAGAAUCAUCACCAAGUGAUGACUCCAUCACUUCACCACUCAGUGAAGACUCUCAAGCUGAAGCUGAGGGUGUGUUUGUGUCUCCAAACAAACCUCGAACAACUGAGGAUCUAUUUGCUGUCAUUCACAGAUCCAAGAGGAAAGUACUUGGACGAAAAGAUUCUGGAGACAUGUCUGUUAGAAGCAAAUCAAGAAUUCCCCUCGGCAGCAGCAGCAGCAGUGCCAAUUCUGUCACUUCCCCCAGCAGCAGCAAUGUGACAGCUGGGACUAGCCAGAGGUCUCCUGGUCUCAUCUACCGAAAUGCCAAAAAGUCCAACACAUCCAACGAAGAGUUUAAGCUACUGCUCCUCAAGAAAGGCAGUCGCUCAGAUUCUAGUUACCGCAUGUCUGCCACUGAAAUCCUGAAGAGCCCCAUCCUGCCCAAACCUCCUGGUGAGUUCACUUCAGAACCCGCACAAAGCCCUGAUGAUAACCACCAGGGCACACCUGGGGCUGAAGCAUUGUCCCCUCUGUCACCUUGCUCUCCACGAGUCAAUGUAGAAGGGUUUUCCUCCAAAAGCUUUGCCACGUCAGCCUCAGCACGGGUUGGACGCUCCCGGGUCCCUCCUGUGGCCAGCAGCAGCCGCUACAGUGUCCGCUGCCGGCUGUACAAUACCCCAAUGCAGGCCAUCUCUGAGGGAGAGACUGAAAACUCUGAUGGGAGCCCACAUGAUGACCGAUCCUCCCAGAGCUCCACAUAGUCUUCCUGAGAUGAGUUGACCUCAGAUGUCCAACCCCUUACUAGAUGAAAGGAUUUUGUGACACCGUGGAGGAACCGGGAGAAAUGGCAACAGGGUGGGGGUCGCAUUGAUGCUUGGCAUAUGUGCUGAUGAAACAGAAAGCGGUUGUCAUUUUUUUUUAUUAGUUUUCAUGUUUUCCGUAGCCGUUCUGUCUCUCGUGGUUUUCUUUAGCAUAGGUUGAUUUAUCCGAUCUCAUUCCUUGUGAUAAUAGAGAAUACAAAAGUAUCUAAGUUUCUUGAAACCUAGACAAGGUUUUCCCAGAGCUGCCUAUUCCGAAAAUAAAGCCCUCACUGUCAUGAUACUAUAAGAUGAAAUUACUCUGGAGGUUUGGUAUUUUUUUAAAUUAAGAUGAACUAAAGCAAAAUUUAGAAGAAAGAACUACACAUAUGUAAAUACCAUAUUUUUGAUAAAAAGGUGUAAAUAGAUUUAUCAAUGAUGAGUGGACAAGCCAAUCAUCUACCAUACACCAACUAUUUAUAGGACACAUAAAAUAAAGUAUAAUA